GGUUAAUGUCACCCUCUCUGGGGGCUAAUACAGUAAGAGUCUGAGGAAUCAGGGAAGACUAUAGCUGUAUCAGGGAAUAUACGAUGCUGGUAUCCCAAAAGCAUGUGCAGGCCGUUGCUGUCAUGGUUCUUGUCGUCUUCACAGUCGGUCACUGUCAGGAGAAUGAAAGCAGGCGAGCGGUAACGGAGCACCAGCUGAUGCAUGACCGUGGCAGGACCAUCCAGAGCCUGAAGAGACUCAUCUGGUUGUCCAGUGCCAUGGAGGGGCUCCACACCGCCCAGACCCGCUCCUCCUCCCUGCUGCCCCCCACCGCACUCAACCCCAUCCCGCGCUACACCCCGGGCCUCGCCCCUGCCCUCAAACCACACUCUGCUGGCUCACAAUCUGGAGAGGCCAGCAACAACCACAAGGGGUCACUGGAGAGACUUAUGAAAAACUUCUUCAGCUCCAACCUCAUGGACCUCUCUGAGGGGGAACCAUAGACCCCACAACUCCCGAACCAUCUCUAUUUCGCAUUCUGUGUCGCUGCUUUGAUUGUCAAUGAGUAUGUUAGCCUACUAAAAGUCUGCAGAUGAAAGUAAAACAGAUCAUGACUUUUAUUCAUGG